CGCCCCCGCCCCACAGCCACUUGGAGGGCGAGCAUCCAGGAGGAAGGGACAAGGGACACUUGGGCUUGAAUCGCCCCUCGCCCGCCUCGGCCCAGGAAGAGCUGCAGAGAUGGAGCCCAGAGGAGGAAGAGGAGGAGGAGGAGGAGGAAGAGCCCUUUGCUGCCUCUGGGCGACCCUCCUCCUCGCCCCGCCAAGGGGGGCCGGAGCCCUGAAAGUGGAGGACACCCUGGUGGAGCUGGACUUCUUCCAGGAGAGCUUCCCUUCGGAGAAGAAGUCCGGGGAGUUCCUGCUGGAGUUUGACAACGAGGAGAUCCUGCACGUGGACUGGGAGAAGAAGCAGAACGUCUGGAGGCUGCCGGACUUCCAGCGCUUCACCAGCUUCGAGGUGCAGGGCGCCCUGGCCAACAUCGCCGUCAUGAAGAACAACAUGGAGGUGCUCAUGAAGCGAAGCAACCGCACCCGUGCCCUGAACGUUGCUCCUUCAGCUACUGUGUACCCAGAAAACGCUGUGGAACUGGGGGACCCCAACGUCCUCAUCUGCUUUGUGGACAGGUUCUCCCCCCCAGUGCUGAACGUCACCUGGCUGAAGAACAACGAGGUGGUCUCCGAGGGCGUGGAGGAGACAGACUUCUACCCCAGCGUGGACAACAGUUUCCGCAAGUUCUCCUACCUCCCCUUCGUCCCUGAGCAGGGAGACAUCUACGUCUGCCAGGUGGAGCACUGGGGCAUCCCAGAGGGAAAGAUGGAGAAGAUCUGGGUUUCCAAGGCGCCCUCUCCCAUCCCAGAGACGAUGGAGAACGUGCUGUGUGCCCUGGGCUUGGCCUUUGGCAUCCUGGGCAUCAUCGCUGGCACCAUCCUUUUCUUCAAGGCCAUGAGGAUGAACGAUCGCAGGGGCUUCAUAUAAUGGGGGAUUCCUUUCCUGACAGCCUCUUCCUUGAACUCUCUCAGCUCAGCUCCUUUGCCAAGAGUCUCUUCUGCUACAAAUCAGCUGGAAGGAGUUGCUCCUCCGUGUGCAGCUUACCCUUAGAAGCUUUUUCGAUAAUAUAUUAACUUUUUAGCUUUUAAGAACAAUUAUGAUAGCCAAAGAUGCUUAAGCAGACUUACAUUACUUUUCUCCCUUUUAUGUUUCCCUCUUAGCAAAGAAAUUGCUCAGACUGUUUAAGCAAAUAGGAAAAGUAUAUGGUUUACUCACAUUAAUGUUUACUCACAUUAAAUGCCAUGGUGCAACAUUUUCUGCUCCCUCUAUGCAGGUUCUGAAACUCCCUGGUGCCUUUGCUUCAGAUUGUCUAGUAAUCAUGCAUUUUAUAGAAUCAUAGAAUUGUAGAGUUGGAAGUUGGAAUAGUAAUUCAUAUCUCCACCCCACUUACCCAAAACCAUUCACCUCCCUCUCCAGUUUUUGGAGAGAGCCUUACUCAGUUCCAUGCAUUGCACUGCAGGAAUACACCCCUCAGGUGUUUCCUUAAUCCCAAAGAGGAUUCAUCCAGCUUUUGGGGGAAGUUUAGUUGCGAAGAGACCCCAAACACCUUUCUCGUCCACAUAAAGCAGAGUUGUAUCUAUCUGUGUAGAGGAAAAUAUCCCUUCUUCUUCCGCAAAACUUUCCCAAUGGCUUCUGUGCAGCCCAAUUGCUGUUUUUCAUACAUGCUCCCAUAUUUCCAAAAGCAAUGAAUAAAUCUUACAGUUUGUUGA